AUGUUGCUCAAGGCCUUCUACGGACUCGCGCUAUUGCGCAGCGUCUCUGGCGCCGCUGUGCAGCGAAGACAGACAACUGGUAAUAUCGAUGACUGUCCUGGAUACUCAGCAACGAACAUUGUCAACACCGCUACUGGCCUCACUGCUAAAUUGACCUUGGCUGGAGCGGCGUGUAACGCCUACGGAACGGACAUCCAGAACCUUGUUCUUGCUGUGAAUUACGACUCGGAAAAGCGACUACAUGUCAAGAUUGAGGAUGAGGGCAAAGUCGCCUACCAGGUGCCAACUAGCGUGUUCCCAACACCAGACAGCAACAAUUCGGUGCCAUCUAGUGAUGCUACCCUUGCUUUCUCGAUGGAGCAAAACCCCUUCAGCUUCAAGAUCACUCGUAAAUCAAACCAUGAAGUCCUCUUCGACACUUCGAAAUCGCCUAUUGUCUUCGAGGACCAGUACCUCCGUCUGCGUACUGCUUUGCCUGAGAACCCUAACAUCUUCGGUCUUGGUGAACACUCUGAUUCUUUGCGCCUGAACACAACCAACAACACCCGUACGCUGUGGUCAAGAGAUGCCUAUGGUAUCCCUUCAGGCACAAAUCUCUACGGUAACCACCCUAUCUACUUUGAUCACAGAGUGGAGUCAGGUACCCACGGUGUCUUCCUUCUCUCAAGCGCAGGUAUGGAUAUCAAGAUCAACAAAACCGAGGCAGACGGUCAAUACCUCGAGUACGACACUAUGGGAGGUGUCAUCGAUUUGUAUAUCCUGGAUGGCCCAACUCCCAUCGAGGUUGCCCAAGAGUACAGCAGUGUCACCCAAAAGGCCGCUAUGAUGCCCUACUGGGGCUUCGGCUUUCACCAAUGCCGCUAUGGAUAUCGCGAUUUCUACGCCAUUGCCGAAGUCGUCGCCAACUACAGCGCUUCCGGUAUCCCUCUGGAAACUAUGUGGACAGAUAUCGAUUACAUGUAUGAGCGAUACAUCAUGACGACCGAUCCUGAUCGUUUCCCUCUCGCUCGUGUUCGUGAAUACGUCAAUUAUCUCCAUGAGCACAACCAGCACUAUAUCGUGAUGGUGGAUCCCGCUAUUGCUUACCAGACAAAGCGUGAGUACGGUCUGCCUUACGAGGCGUUCCUUCGUGCUCGCGAUCAGGGCAUCCUUCUUCAGAAGAAUGGAUCUAUCUACCAGGGUGUUGUCUGGCCCGGUGUUACCGCAUUCCCUGACUGGUUCCACCCUGAUACCGCGGCAUACUGGAACAGCGAGUUUGCCGAGUUCUUCGACGCCGAGACUGGUGUCGACAUCGACGCACUUUGGAUCGACAUGAACGAAGCUGCCAACUUCAACUACUUCAAUGCGAACCCUCAAGACAGUGCGGAGGACCGUGGCUUCCCUCCUACUAGACCUGCAAUCAGAUCGGCGCCUCGUCCCAUCCCUGGCUUCCCUGCAGCAUUCCAGCCUAACGCCAGUAGUCCUUACCCUCCUGAUGAUCUCGCAUACGCUCCUCCAUGGCUCGCCCCUGCCUCUGAUCCUGGAGCAACCAAGCGUUCGGUUGAUGCGCACAACAAGCCUACUAAGCGCUCAGUCGGUCUCCAAUUCUCGCCUCUAGACAAGCGUCAGUCAUCUGCACGUAUCGGCUUCCCCAACCGCAACCUUCUUGCACCUCCUUACCAGAUUGACAACGAGAAUACUGUUGAAGCCUACGGCGGUGUCUCAAACAACACUCUUGAUACUGAUAUCGUCCAUUAUGAUGGUCAUGUUGAGCUUGAUGUUCACAACCUGUACGGUACUAUGAUGAGCACUUACUCCAGAAAUGCUCUUGAAGCUCGCAGACCUAACAGAAGACCAAUGGUCAUUACUCGUUCGACUUUCGCUGGUGCUGGUAAGGCAGUUGGCAAGUGGCUCGGUGACAACUUGUCAACCUGGGAGCUGUAUCGUCAGUCUAUCCAGGGUAUGCUCGACUUUGCCGCUAUCUACCAGGUACCCAUGGUUGGUAGCGAUGUCUGCGGCUUUGGUGGAAACACCACUGAGACACUAUGUGCUCGUUGGGCAUCUCUGGGUGCUUUCAACCCCUUCUACAGAAACCAUAACGGUGACAGCUCAAUCCCUCAGGAGUUCUAUCUCUGGGACACUGUUGCAGAGUCCGCUCGCAAGUCGAUUGAGAUUCGAUACAAGCUUCUCGACUACAUCUACACUGCGAUGCACAAGCAGAGCGUGGACGGUACCCCGCUCAUCAGCCCCAUGUUCUUCCAGUAUCCCCACGACAAAGCUACCUCUUCUCUCGACCUUCAGUUCUUCUACGGCGACGCGCUGCUGGUCGCGCCUGUCACUGAAGAGAACUCGACCAGUGUGGACGUUUACCUCCCUAACGACCGCUUCUACGACUUCAAGACCUACGAGACAGUCGAGGGAGCUGGGGCAAACAAAUCUCUCACAAACGUCGGCUUCACUGAUAUUCCUCUUUACAUUCGUGGCGGAUCUAUCAUUCCUAUGCGCAAUGCCUCUGGUUACACAACCACUGAUCUGCGCAAGCAGCCCUUCAACAUUGUCAUCGCCCCUGGACGCGAUGGAAAGGCAAGUGGGUCGCUGUACCUUGACGAUGGCGACAGCAUCAAGCAGAAUGCCACUUCUGAGAUCACCCUCGAGUACGAGAACGGUGUCCUUUCCGUCUCUGGCUGCUUUGACUACCAAGCCGAGGACAACCGUGUCGUUCAGGUCACUCUUCUCGGUCAGAAGAACCACUCUGGCGGGACACCUCAGUGGAAGCAAGAUGGUGAUGGCCAAGAAUGGAGCAAGUGCGGAGAUAAUGACUGGAGCUACGAUAGUUCUACUCAUCACCUUCUGGUACAGUUCGAUCAGAAGCUGACUGGUCCCUUCGUGGUUUCUGUAUGA